AUGGCCAUUUCAAAAUGCCUAAGCAUCGAUAGCGCUGGUUCUACUGCUAAAGGGCGGAAACCCCACGCAGCAGCGAUUGCUAUGCACCGUCUUAUCCAUAUAAUCGCUGCUGACGCCAUGAUUCACUCGGGUUCGACCGCGGCGGCGGCGGAAUCCGCGCGCGCAAGAGCUCCGCGGGAGUUCUUCUGCCCGCUGUCGGGGCGCGUGAUGCUGGACCCGGUGAUUGUCGCAUCGGGUUGCACCUACGAGCGCGCGCACAUCCUGCAGUGGCUGCGCGCGCCGGGCCCGCAGGCGGCGACCUGCCCCGUGACCGGCGCAGCGCUGCCGCACGCGCAGGUCGUGCCGAACAUUGCGCUGAAAGAGCUCAUCGCCACGUGGCUGGCGUCGCACGCCGCCAGUGGUACUACUAGUACUAGCAGCGCUACUAUUGUCUCGACCCGGGGUCGCAGCAGCAGUUUCAGCAUCAGCGUCAGUCGCGGCGGGGACACUCACGGCGCCGGCCAUGCCGCGAACAGCCCCGGCGGCCGGCGCGGCGUGAGCUUUCAAUCACCCCCGGCCGCUCUGGAAAAGGCCUUCACAGUUUCCUCUCCCCGCCGCUGCCCGUCUCCGUCGCUCCCCGAUUCACCCACCAGCUCCGCCGCUUCCCCCUCUCCCUCCCCCUCCUCCGCCUUCUCCCCCACAAUUUCCCCCGGGGGGGGCGCCGCAGCGGCCACGCGCACCCCUUUUCCGCCCCUUCCUUUCCCCGCGAGGGCAAGUUGUCUUUUCUCCCCGUCGUCGUCUUCCACUUCCGCUAGUACCUCCCCCCCGCCGCUCUCCACCUCCUCACACGCCUCACCCUCUUCCGCCGCCGGGUUCCCCCGCUCCACCUCUUCCUCCCCCGCCUUCGCUUCCUCCCCCCAUCCGUGCGCCACUCCUUCCGCAGGCCCCAAAUUCCCCCCUCCCGUUUCCGCCAGCCCGAGAAGCCGCGAGUCUGCGUUAAAUUCCAACGGAAAUCAGCAGAGCCAUUGUCGAGUCCCUGCCGGGCGUAAUCUCAACGCCCAAUCCGCUUCAGUCGUGGCAUCCGCCGUCAAGCCGACCGCACCUCCAGCCGGACAGCCGUCAGUUGUCCGCCAGCCGUCCAAGUUACCGGCAAGCAGCAGCUCGUUGACCGCAAACGAGCCUGCGAGUUGCGUUCUGACGUCACCAGGCAGUGGCAGCAGCAACGGCAGCAACAGUGGCAGCAGAAGCGGCGGCGAGAGCAAUGGGAGUGCGUGCUUGCCGCAAUCCGCAGAGGAUGCCGUGUCUCCUCAAGGUCCGCCGCCGCUGCUGCACGAAAGGAAGCACGAGGAAACCCAGAAGCACCUCAAACAGCAGCAAAAACCACAGCUAUUGCAGCAGCAGCAGCAGCAGCAGCAGCAGCAGCAGCAGGUGAAUAAGAGCAGUCAAAACUCCAGUUCCGAGGCAGCUACAAGCCAAGCCUCCACCGAGGGCGUUCCGGAGGUCAAAGGCUCAAUUCAAUCCAAGCCUGCUGCCGUGGUCAGCGCUCGCGGCACACCCGCUGUGCCUGCAGGGGGACCUCGAGGCGGGCAGACAUCAAAGCAGGCCAGCACACCCGCGCGCCACCCUCAGCGUCUUGCUGCCCCUCCUCAUCAACCCCAGGCGGCGCUAUCAGAAGGCAGGCUGCCCUCUAACCAUCCUUCUGCAUCGGGCGUGGUGGCGGCGGGGGCUCCCAAGCAGGGUGGUUCAUCGCAGCCCGUGGCAUGUGAAGGGGGAAGAGGGAGGGCUGCUGCUGCUGCUGCCGCCACGCGUGCUGCUGCGGCUCGUGGUCGCGCUGGUGGGCGGGGGGCGGGGCGUGGGCGUGGCAUGAGCAGCGGCAGUGGAGGGUGCAAGUCUCAUGUGCAGCUGUCGCUGCAGGUUGGAGUUCCCUCUCCGGGCGUAUGGGGCAUUGCAGGGGCGUCACCUCGUGCAGACGGCGAUGCAAGCAGAGCCGGGAGCGCUGCUAUCAUGGCAGCACAGGCGGAUGCAGCAUCAUGUGCAAGCAGCGGCACCCCUCGUGCAAAAGGACUGGGCGGUACAGCAACAGGAGACGAGGAGGAAAGAGGUGGCUCAAAGGAGGGAGUGAAGAUCGGAGAGAGUGAAUCAAGUUCUUCGAAAGUGGAUGACUCGCAGGGGCGCUGCAUGGACAAGGCACCAGGGCAGGUGACUGCGAGGCAGACCGGGGGCCAGGCCAUGCAAGCCCUCUCACUACGGGCAGAUAACAAGCAGCCGACAGCACAGCUGAACGGAGGGAAACAGCUGGUACAGUCGCAGCUACGUAAGGCGGUGCUGUCAAGCAGUUCACUUCAGCAGCAGCAGCCAAUACCGCUAUCACUCGCCCGGCCUGCCUUUCUUCCGCCUCCACUCACCUGCCCCUCUCUUCCAUCCUCUGCCCCUCGCCCACCGCCACUGCACACUCGGCCGGGCGCACCCAGUCCUCGCAGCGGCACCCAGGCCAGCAAGGCAGGGCGGGAAAUGCCGGGUGAGGGCGCGGGCAGCGUUAUGGAGCAGGGUGCGCCGAGUGUGCAGUGCAGAGGCGGGGGCGGGGGCGGUGGAGGGGGAGGGGGCGGGGGCGGGAGCGAAGAGGCUUCAGUGGAGAGGCUUAAGCAGGGUGCGGGAGGAGCGCAGGCGAGGAUGCUGCGGUCGUCACUCUCCUCCAAUGCCCUGCUGCCGUCCCCCACUCCUGCCUCUCUCCUGCACAAGCGCUGCAGCCUGCCUGCCAGGAGCAACUCAUUGGUGAAGCCUCUUCCCGGACUGCUGGAGGGAGCGGGUGCUGCGAGGAAGGGCACUGGCGCGGUGAGGGAGGAGGAGGGUACUGGUGGUGGUGAUGGCAGUGGUGAUGGUGGUGCUGUUGGGUUAGAGGUUGGUGCUGGUAGCAGCGGUGGUGGCAGCGGCGGCUGUGGGAAGGUGAAGCUAGGGAAGGAAGGCGAAACAAAUGUAGAGGGGGAAGGGGAGGGUACUGCUGAGGAGAGGAUGGUGUAUGAGGGUGCGCUGCAUCUGGUAGAUGUGCUUAUGGAAGAAUCUACCACCAUGGCAAUAAAGGCUGCUGCUGUGAAGGCCCUGCUGCUGCUUGUCAUGGAGCAUUGCAGUGGCGUAUAUGCAGCGUGGGAGUGUGGAGCUGUGCCCGCUUUGCUAUCACUGGCCAGGGCACACAGCAACGCACUCAGGAAGGUGAAUUCUCGCACAAUACCGAAUAAUCAUGCGAUGGCGGUUGGUGGGAGUGGGGAUGUGGGUGCUGAGGGGGGAUCAGCUGCUGAAAUGGCAGCAGAUGUUGCUCGCAUUCUGACAUGCAUGGUGGGAGAUGCGGCGUCAUGUGCCGAUGAUACAAUGCUGCAAGGGGUAGCAGAGGCAGGCAUAGGCAUGCUUGGGAGCAGCGUGCAAGGUAUGGAUGCACAUGCAAUGGGCCUGCUGACUUGCCUUUUGCGCUGGCCACAAGGGCGAAAAGCAAUUGCUGACGUGGCAGGUAGUGCAGCAGCAUUGGUUGAGGUGGUGGAGGGGCCAUGUGUGCAAGCGAGAGGAGCAGCUGUGAAGGUGAUGAGGGAUCUUGUGGUCGGGGGAUUCUUGUCAGCUGUUGCUCUGGUUGGUGAUGCAACAACAGCAGCAAUAGCGGUUUUGCCACCAUCAGAUGGGGGACCAACAAUGAGACUGUCUGCUUCUGGCACGAGUCAGGCAGCUACUCCUCAAGACCCGAAGCUGAGUGGUGUGACUGAAGCCAGGGCUUCGAAUACAGCAUUGGAACAUGUUGACGAGGAGGUAACGCGUGAAGCUCACAACGAUGCAGAUGAUGGAAUUCAAGCUGUUGGUGUCGGUGUAUAUGCUUGUAACGAAGGCACAAAUGUGGGUAUGGCUGAACAGACUCAGGAAGAAGUUGAAGUGGCGGAUGGUGACUUGCCUGGAAGUAUAUCAGGAAACGAUGCUACUGAAUCUGUUCGAGAUCAGGUGGUUGCAAACGAAGAUGGUGGAGCAGAUACGGAGAGUGAUACUGGUGGCGAGAAUGACCUCCAAGCGGAAGCUCGUGAACGUGACGCAGUUUUAAGCAAUCUUAUUCGGUUGCGCCAACAAUUGGUGUCCAUCAGAAUUGAGAUCAUCUCAAUCAGGAAUGGCGAAGUGGAAAUCAAUCUAGCCAUGCGGAACAUGUGGAACACUCUAUUUGCUCUACGUGCUAUGCUUGGACAGCCAGAAGGAAACCCUCCGGCUUCUCAGUCUGCUGUUGCCUCCUUGCCUGCUGUCCUCGUGCACUUGGAGGAUGUGGAGAAUGGGGCUUCAUGCUGUACCGUGUGCAAUGAAGUGGCAGAGGCCGGAGAGGAGGUGGUGAGGCUGCCAUGCAGGCACCUGUACCAUGGGCCGUGCAUCAGGCAGUGGCUUGACGUGCGCAACACGUGUCCCAUGUGCCGGUUUGAGUUGCCUACGGAUGACAUUGUGAAGGCAGCGCAGGCCGGUGUUUUCCACAUGCAGCUGGUGGAGGCAUGCAAGGUGGGUGAGGGAAGCGGGCAGGUGGUGCAGGGCGGGGCAGUCAAAGAGGUGCAGCUGGCGCAGGCGGGAUGCAGCGCCAAUGCUGUCCGGCAGCUCCCUCAAUUCCCGCGCACAGUGGAUCUGCACAACCCUCAGCUGCGCCACAGCCCAUCCCAUGUCGCUUGGAAGCCGCUGCAUCUUCCCCGCGUUCCAGAUGACCAGCGUGUGCAGCUGGGGGAGCAGCGCAAGGGAGAAGGGCAGCUCCUCAGCCUCCUCCUGCAGCGCCAGCUCCAGCUGCUUCACGCGCGCAAACGUGCUGCUAACAGCCAUCCUCUCCUGCGCACCAACCAGCUUCAAGGAGAGCUUUCUCAGCCAAGGCAGCACGGAGACGUCUGGCAGAUCAGCCACGUGGUAGCUGUUUCCAAGACUCAAGACCUCAAGAGACAGCGGCAGAGACGUAGGAGGCUGAGUCUGGUCAUAACACCCGGUCAGCUCCAGCCAUUUGAGCCUCCCAAGGCUGUCUAA